AUGACCUUGGCUCAUGGAGGUCAAUUACAAAGCUUUAUUUGGCUCUUCAUAGUGGUGCUUGAGAGUGUCUGUUUCGCGUCCGACGGUUCCAAUCUAGAUGUAGGAACGGUCGCCGCAGCUUCAGCCACAGGAUCGGCGACUGAAGGCGAUAUAGGCAAUGGAGAAGACGAUGAGCAGCUUCAGAGACAACUGACGACACUGAGGGUAUGUGGUUGGCUGGUGUUGCUGCUUUACGUGGCGUUGUCGCUGGCCAUUGUGUGGCAAACCUCGCUACACUUUCUGUACUCAAGUGCCAGUGCCAAGAAGGCGUUUCACGUGACGCUCCUUGUAUCGAUGCUGCUUCAGUUAUCUCAGGCGAUCGAGUGGAUCUGGUUUCCAACGUCACAUGCCUGGAAGGUCAUUUACGUUUGCCGUCUUCACUCCCUGUUGCUACUCUCUUUCUGCAAGUCUUACCUGGCCGUCUGUUGGGCUGGUGUCGUCUCGGCGGGACAGCAACUGGCUCGACGUCGCAUGACCAAAUAUGUUACGGGAAUGAACGCGUUACUUAUUCUUUGGGGUGUGAUAGUACCAAUCUUGCUUGCUGGAUACAGUGAUAACAUCAACGGCCAGUACAGCUUCAUGAAUAGCACCUUUCGAAGCGUGCUAAAAUUUUCAGACGGGUUUAUUGUGCUCGCAUACGGCGUGCUGUUAGGUUAUCAGGGUUUUUGCCUGCGUCGCCGCCUGCAGCUUGCACGCGGUACUGUUCCAGCCGAUAGCGUGGAGAAGUCGCUUAGCCAACUUAUGCUGGCUAUCUCAAUCUUUAUCGUCUCCGAUCUAAUGCGAAUUCUGGCCAUGGUGCUUAACGAGUCACAAGUUGCCAUGUCCAUACUCAUUUACCUAAUCAUGUAUAACAUCAUUCCCAACAUCUUUCCGACGUUGUGCAUGUUGCACCUUAUGAGAAGGCUUACGAGAAAAGAUGGCAGCAACAGCCCGACUCGGACGGCAGCACUGGAAGCGAUGGGGCUAAUCGUGAAAAUGCUCUGGCUAGAACGCAAUUAG